CUUUGUUGUUUUGGGUAGAUAAUAAAUUCGAUGCCGUUAUUGAUUAACUAUUCAAAAAAUGGAUCAGACAAUACUCUCUGUCUUGUCUUAUCUUGUCGUCCCUCCAAUUUUGGACAAGUCUUUUCCACAAAGUCAACUGUGCUGCCAUUGAUCAUUCUCUUUAUAUUUUUUCUGGGAAUUUUUGCUCUGAACUAGUGUUAUUUGCUCUAAAUCGGUGAAGAAAGCAGUUUGCUAUUAAAUCUCUCUACUAAAUCAUCUGUUUGGUUCCUGAUCCAAUGUCCCCUGUCGAGAUCACUGGCGCUGAUGCCGUGGUGACGCCUCCUAUGCGUGGAAGAGUACCACUUCCACCACCGCCUCCUCCUCCUAUGCGUAGAAGUGCACCAUCACCUCCUCCUAUGAGUGGAAGAGUACCACCACCACCACCUCCACCUCCGAUGUUUGAUCCCAAGGGUGCAGGAAGAGUUAUUUGUUGUCUACGUCCAGGUCAAAACAAGUCUUCUCUGAAGCGAUUUCAAUGUGGUAAACUAACAAAUGCCUGGGAAGAGUUACAGAGACAUGGAGAAGCACAAACUGCCCCAGAAUUUGAUCUAUCAGAGAUAGAGGCCCUUUUCUCUGCUGCAGUACAAAACCAGGCUGAUAAAUCUGGAAGUCGACGAGAAGCUUUUGAGGCAAACCCCGAUAAACUUCAACUGAUCUCUGGCGCUGAUGCCCUGGUACCACUACCACCACCUCCACCUCCUAUGCCUAGAAGAUCACCUCCACCACCACCUCCGAGGUUUGAUGCCUUUGAUCAUAAGGGUGCAAGAAUGGUUUGUGGUUUUCGAUGUCCAGUUACAAAAAGGUCUUCCCUGAAGCCUUUACAUUGGGUUAAAAUAACAAGGGCUUUGCAGGGGAGCUUAUGGGAUGAGUUACAGAUACAAUAUGGAGAAUCACAAACUGCAAUAGAACUUGAUGUACCAGAAAUAGAGACCCUUUUCUCUGUUGGGGCAAAACCAAGACCAAAACCAAAACCUGAAAAAGUUCCACUGAUUGACCUUAAGAGAGCCAAUAACACGAUAGUUAACUUAAAGAUAUUAAAGAUGCCGCUGCCUGAUAUGAUGGCUGCAGUCAUGGCAAUGGAUGAGUCUGUACUAGAUGUUGAUCAAAUAGAGAAUCUUAUACAACUUUGCCCAACAAAGGAGGAGAUGGAGCUUCUUAAGAACUAUACUGGUGACAAGGCAACCUUGGGAAAGUCUGAGCAGUGCUUACUAGAGCUAAUGAAGGUGCCACGAUUUGAGGCAAAGCUUAGAGUACUUUCCUUCAAGAUUCCAUUUGGCACUAAGAUAACAAAAUUCAGAAAAAUGUUAAAUGUGGUCAAUUCUGCGUGUGAGGAGGUACGUUCUUCACAAAUGCUAAAAGAGAUUAUGAAAAUUAUUCUCUUCCUAGGGAACACACUGAACCAAGGAACUGCGAGGGGCAGUGCAGUGGGAUUCAGGUUGGAUAGUUUAUUGAUAUUAAGCGAGACACGUGCUGAUAACAACAAGAUGACUCUCAUGCAUUAUCUUUGCAAGGUCCUUGCUUCCAAGGCAGCAGAUCUACUGGACUUCCAUAAGGAUCUUCAAAGUCUUGAAUCAACUUUAGAGAUAAAUUUGAAGUCUCUGGCUGAGGAAAUACAUGCUAUAACCAAAGGAUUGGAAAAACUGAAGCAGGAGCUCACCGCAUCCGAAACUGAUGGUCCUGUUUCUCAAGUUUUCCGUAAAUUAUUGAAGGACUUCAUAUCCAGUGCUGAGACUCAAGUAGCAACUGUAUCGACUCUUUACUCCUCGGCGAGAAUAAAUGCUGAUGCACUUGCACACUAUUUUGGCGAGGAUCCUAACCAUUAUCCAUUUGAAAAAGUUAGCGCGACACUCUUGAGUUUUAUAAGGUUGUUUAAGAAAGCACACCAAGAGAAUGUCAAGCAAGAGGACUUGGAGAAGAAGAAAGCUGCAACGGAAGAUGUAUUUGGUGGGCCUGACCACAACAUAGACUCAGAUACUUCUUUAGAUGAUUCGGAGGCCAAAUCGCCUUCUAGAAUAAGACCUCCGCCUUCUAUACCAAGACCCCCUUCACGUCCAAGGUAUGCAUGCUGCCGAAUACCUGCAGUUAAUCCGCCUCCUCGCUUGGUGUGUGGCCCAUAUCCGCUACCUCGCUUAGUGCGUGUAGGAUCCCCAUCACCACCACCUCCCUCGAUGAGUGGAGGAGCUCCACCGCCACCACCUCCACCUCCAAUGCUUGUUGCCAGUAGAACAGCUCCACCUCCUCACUUGAGUCAUGUACGUUCAAUCCCUUUCCAAACUCGCUUGGUGAUGGGCACAUCUCCGCUACCUCUUUUAGUGCGCGAAGGAGCCCCACCACCAACACUUCCCUCGAUGAGUGGAGGAGCUCCACCGCCACCACCUCCACUUCCAAUGUUAAGGUACCAGUAGAACAGCUCCUCUUCCUCACUUCAGUCAUGUACGUUCAAUCCCUCCCAUUCCUCCUCCCCCACCAAGUCGUAGAGCUCCUCCACCCCAUCCUUUUGGUAAAACAAUUCACCUCUUCCAUCGAGUCACAAAGGGAAACCAAAAUAGAUUGCCAAAGAGACAUAUAAAAACUUGUGUGGUCGUACACCUGCAUAUAUAUAUUUUCUUGAUCAUCUUCCUCCGCAAAGAGACAUACUCCUUCAUCUGAUUCUUCCAUUCAUUUUCACAACUUUGUGAUAGCUACUGGAUUUCAUAAAGGCCUUCUUCCAAGACUGAACCGGUUCGACCGGAUGGUUUGUAUUAUAAAAUUGAUUCUUAUCUUCUAAUAAAUGAGGACUAGUUUGCUGGAAUUACAGCAAACUAUAUUUUAUUCAAAAAAAA